UGAGUUUCCGUUUCCUUUAAUCGCGUUGUUUUAUACAGAUAUUUCUCAUGUUUGGCUUAAUCUUGUGAAAAACCUUUAGUUUAAUCUAAUUUAAUUUUGUUAUUGUAUGAAUUUGAUUGAUUAAUUUAGGAAAAUCUAACCAUGAAGCUUAACAUUUCUUAUCCGGCAACUGGUUGCCAAAAAUUGAUUGAUAUCGAUGAUGAGAUGAAAACUAGGAUUUUCUAUGAAAAGCGUAUGGGUCAAGAAGUUGAUGCUUCAACGCUUGGACCAGAAUGGAAAGGCUACAUCUUGAAAGUUAGUGGUGGUAACGACAAACAAGGUUUCCCAAUGAAACAAGGAGUUCUCACAAACCAACGUGUUAGAUUACUUUUAGCUAAAGGUCAUUCUUGUUAUCGACCACGAAGGACAGGUGAAAGGAAACGAAAGUCUGUCCGAGGGUGCAUUGUCGAUAGCAACUUGAGUGUUCUUGCUUGUGUUAUUGUUCAAAAGGGUGAACAAGAGAUUGAAGGAUUGACCGACAAGACAAUCCCACGUCGCCUGGGUCCUAAGCGAGCUAACAAAAUUCGAAAACUUUUUAACCUUGGAAAAGAAGAUGAUGUUCGUCAAUAUGUUGUUCGAAGACCGCUUCCUGAAAAAGCAGGAAAGAAACCUCAAACUGCUGCCCCUAAAAUCCAAAGGUUAAUCACUCCUCAGAGACUUCAGCGUAAACGCAGAUUGAUCGCUCUUAAGAGAAACCGAGCAGUCAAACAAAGGGAGCUUCAAGCUGAAUACCAGAAAAUCUUGACUCAACGUAUGAAGGAAGCUCGACUCAGAAAAGAAGAAAUCAGACGCCGUCGAUCCUCAGCAUCUUCAGGAGGACUUUCAUCUAGACAAGUAUCUGUGAGCCAAGCUCCUCCAACCAAGGGUGCCGUCAAGGCAGCAACCAAAUUGGUCGCUAAAGCUAAGGCUACUGCUGCUUCCGCCGCCAAGCCAGCAGCUAAAAAAGCUACUGGAAAGGCUGCAGCACCAGUAAAGAGUGUUGCCGGUAAGCCCGCUGUUGCCUCUAAAACAGUUAAAGGUAAAACUGUUGCUGCUAAAGCUGCUCCAGCUAAGCCUGCUAAAGCUAGCGGUAAAUCUUCCGCUAAAGACGCUAAAUCAUCCAAGACUACUGCUAAAACUGCAGCACCUCAAGGUAAAGCUGGUGCUAAAACCGGAAAGCAACCUGCUAAAGCCACAGGUAAACCCCAACAGAAAACUUUAACUAAGACCUCUGGUAAACCAACUGGAUCUAAAACAGCAACCAAGCCAGCCGCAAAGUCUACAACAAAGCCAGCAGCAGCCAAACCUGCAACUGGUAAAGCCCCAGCACCCGCAAAGACCUCUAAACCCACUGGCAAAGCUCCUGCUCAAACUAAACCAGCAGCAAAAUCCGGACCUAAAUCUACCGCAAGCAAACCCGCACCAGCAAAACCCGCAGGAAGUAAACCAGCACCAAAAGGAGCUACUGGUGGUAAAGCCGCCGUUGCUAAAGCAGCAGAGGCAAGAAAAACAAAGCCUACUAAGCCAUCUAAAUAAUUUAAUAAAUUUAGCUAAUUUGAUUUAAAUAAAGGGAAACUGUUUUUUGUCCAUCA